AUGUCGAAACGAUCUGCUGAUGUUGAAAUGGGCGACGCUCCCCUGAAGGGCGGUGAUCGCCCGGAAGGUAUGGAGAUUGACGAGAAGGACCCUGGCAUGGGUGAUUUUGAAGACGAAUUCGAGGAUGAGUUCGAGGAGGACGAGAUCAUGGAAGCUGGUGUAGACGGACGGCCCGACGCAGAAAGAGAGGCCGAGGAGAAGGAAGCCGUGGUUGACCAGGGCACCUUCAUCGUCGGACGAAACAAGCUCGAGGCCGGACAGACACUUGCGCCAGAUGUGUCGACAUAUGAGAUGCUGCACAACAUAAGCACCCCGUGGCCUUGCUUGUCGUUUGAUAUACUCCGCGACGGUCUUGGUGACAACCGCAAGGUCUACCCUGCCACCAUGUACACAGUGGCCGGCACACAGGCAGAGAGCGCCAGGGCUGGCGACAACCAGCUGAUGGUCAUGAAGUUUAGCGGUCUGAGCCGCACGGAGAAGGGCGAAGAGGAAUCUGACGAGGAGGAUGACGAUGACGAGGAUGCCGACCCCAUCCUGGAGCACAAGGCCAUUCCCUUAAACUCGACCACGAACCGAGUCCGCGCCCACCAGAUCCCAUCCCAGGACGCCUCCAGACCCCCGACUACCCUUACUGCGACUAUGACCGAGUCCUCCAACGUCUUCAUUCACGACAUCACCCUCCACCUCUACUCUUUCGACAACCCCGGCACCGUCAUUUCUGCCCAGCAAAACAAGCCGGUAUCGACCAUCCGCGCCCACAAGGCGGAAGGUUACGCCCUCGACUGGUCCCCUCUUGUUCCCGGCGGGAAGCUCCUGACCGGCGAUAACGACGGCCUCAUCUAUCUCACAACGCGUACUGACGGCGGCGGUUUCGUUACCGAUACCCGGCCAUUCCAGGGCCACACCAGCAGUGUCGAGGAGAUCAUCUGGAGCCCUUCUGAGCAGUCGGUCUUCUCAUCCGCCUCGAGCGACGGCACAAUUCGCGUGUGGGACAUUCGCAGCAAGAGCAGAAAACCUGCUUUAUCUAUGCAGGUCAGCUCGACCGAUGUCAACGUCAUGUCAUGGUCACAUCUUACAACACAUCUGCUCGCCUCGGGCGCGGACGACGGCGAGUUUGCUGUCUGGGACCUGCGCCAGUGGAAGCAAAGUUCGACCUCGGCUUCGGACAAGCCCUCUCCUAUUGCCAGCUUCAACUACCACAAGGAGCAGGUCACGAGCAUUGAGUGGCAUCCCACAGACGACAGCAUCAUCGCCGUCGCGGCGGGCGACAGCACCGUCACCCUAUGGGACUUGGCGGUCGAGCUCGACGACGAGGAGAGCAAGGAUACCGGCGGCGUCAAGGACGUGCCGCCUCAGCUGCUGUUUGUCCACUACCUGUCCAACGUUAAGGAGCUGCAUUGGCACCCUCAGAUUACUGGCAGCUUGGUGGCCACGGGUGACGAGUUUAGUAUCUUCCGUACGAUCAGCGUUUAG